AGUCCAAAACACCUGAAGGGCCCAAGUUGGCCCAGGCCUGGCUGGCACCAUAAGAAAUGCCACUAAGUCACUAUUAAUGACUGAAGCCGAAGGGAGGAAGGAGGAGACGGAGGGCCCUGGCUUCUCUUCCCGCCUCCUCCUCCUCUUCCCUCCCUCCUUCCCCGCCUGUGAGGAGAGCCGCUGCCCGCGCUGAGGGAAGAGAAGGGAGACUCGGCUCCACAGUUUCAGCGACGACGACGAGGACGAGGAGAAGCAGCAGUUGGGCCUGGUCGCGCAGGAGAGACCUCCCGAGACAGUAGUCGCCGCCUCCGCCUGAGGUACCUCUGCCCCGCCAGGACUUCGCAGCCUCAGCGUUGCCUCAGCAAACAUCGCAAGUCUUUCGGAGCCUCUGCGUGACUUGGUGCUGCCUGACAAUUCCAGAGAUCUUCCACCUGCAAGAAAAAUGAAGUUGUUGUACUUUGGAGUGCCAGUUAUAAUUGGGCUGCUGUUCUUUGUCUGGGUCCCAUCAUCAAUGGGGUGCAAUAAGGCUCUGUGUGCUAGCGAUGUCAGCAAGUGCUUAAUACAGGAGCUGUGUCAGUGCCGACCAGGUGAAGGAAAUUGCUCUUGCUGUAAGGAGUGCAUGCUUUGCCUGGGCACUCUUUGGGAUGAGUGCUGUGACUGUGUUGGUAUGUGCAAUCCACGCAAUUACAGUGAUACCCCUCCUACUUCCAAGAGUACCGUGGAGGAGCUUCACGAACCCAUCCCUUCUCUUUUUCGGGCACUCACAGAAGGCGACACUCAGCUGAGCUGGAAUAUUGUUUCCUUCCCUGUUGGCGAAGAGCUGUCGCAUCAUGAGAACCUGGUGUCCAUUUUAGAGACGGCAAACCAAGCCCAGCAUCAGAAUGUUUCUGUUGCAAAUAACAAUGUCCAUCCGUCUUACUCCAGUGACAAAGAGCGUAUGUGUACUGUGGUCUAUUUUGAUGAUUGUAUGUCAAUACAUCAGUGCAAGAUCUCCUGCGAAUCCAUGGGUGCCUCUAAAUACCGAUGGUUUCACAAUGCCUGCUGCGAAUGCAUUGGGCCUGAGUGCAUUGACUAUGGCAGUAAAACUGUAAGAUGCAUGAACUGCAUGUUUUGAAGCUGGCAAACAAGGUUUUAAUAUUAUAGACACCAAAGGUAUUUCUUAUCGGUAACGAUUGAGCUUGGAAGUAUUGCUUGAGACUGUAACAGUGGCCAGACAGUUGCAGGGACCAAGAGAUGUAUACAAUUUUUAAUGUGCAAGUUUACACCCUCAUCAUGUAAACAGUAUUAGGAAAUGCUUAGUUUCUUUAUUUUUCAUUUUAAUCAGACACCAUAGUCGGUGUUUUGAUUAGAUGGUUUCAUGUUGACCUGAAUCGAUGAAGUUAACUAAUAAUAUCGUGAAUAUCUUGAGUAACCUGAUCAUGAAGUUUCGUAAACAUUGAAACCCAGAAUCCUGAACUAUAAAUUCUGUAAUUAUUUGAACUGACCACAUACUUCCAAAUAUUUGGAUUUAAACUGUUGCGUAGCAUAUUGUUACAGACUUGCAUAGAUUUCUAUUAUGAGAAGUCUUUUUAAAAAGUUGUCAACUCUAAGAGAUCAUCUCCAUAUAGGCCAGUAAAAAGGAAAGAGAAUUGAUACUGGAUUUUGCAUCAUGAUCCCCCCCCCAUGAAGCCAUAAAUAUCAUUUUUUGAAGCAGAUUUGCUAAAUUUUAUAACAUAUUCUUUCUUUUGCUUCCCUGAAUUCUUGGCUUCAGUGAGGCUGUUAAAAGUGGGCAUGCAUUGACUGGAAAUUCAAUGUACAAAUAAUGCUGAACUUGCCAAGUAAUGGUACUUUGAACAGUAGCACAACCUGUAAAGGAAAAGGAUUGCAAAGUAUUUAAUAAAUACUGUGUAUUAUAUAACAACAAAAUAAUUCAGUUGUGCAAGCAUCUAUCUAAAAAUAGUAUUUUCAAAAAUAAAAAUACACCUUAGGAUGUUUUCUAUUAAAAGUAUGCAUUUGAGAGUUCAUAUGCAUUGCAUUUUCUGAGAACACUGUCUAUAAAUUCCCCAAUUUAUUGUUGACGAUAUGUGCAUAGAAAUUGACUUUUUGAGACACACACACACAAUAUUAUCUGGCUGUGAUAUGUGGCUGCAUAGAAAGUGUUACGUAGGAACAGAAAGGCAUCCAAUAACCAGACAUAGCAAGCCAAAGAAAUAGUUGGUUGUUUAAGGUUUUAUAAGGGGACUCUGUCACUCAGUCAUAUCAUUGACAGUCACUGAGCACUCCUUUUCUGGCACUCCGUUUUCUGUCUUUCAUGUUUUAUAAUACUGCGAAAGCAAACAGCACUAAUCAUAUCCCUAACAGGGCAGAUCUUUCAUUCAGCACCUUGUAGGUGCUAUAGGACUGUGCCUACUUUUUGCAACAAUAAAUAUCACUAUCCCCUGAUUUUUUAAAAUUAAAAUUCAAGAGUAGCUAGUAACACGUUUCUUCUACGUGGUCUCUGAAAUAUGCACCUGAUGUAGUUUCCUGUGCCAAUCGCAGCUGUUUUGGAUUCUUGUGAAAAGCUCUAAAAUUAAGGGGCUCCAAUCCCGCCCAUCCUCCCAAGAUACAAUGUGGUGGUCUGGGUUGGAGCCUCAGUACUUUUUUGCCGCAAAGCAGCAUGUUCAGAUCUAUUUCUCUCAUUGGAUUUAACAAACUUUGAUUGCAGACCGGAUUUCAGUUAUUCUUUUGGAUUACCCAUUUCUGUGAGCAGGCCAGUAUGACCUCUGCCCUUAAGGACUGUGGUUCCUCUGAGGAGGAGCUCUCCCUGAGUGACUCCCCACUCCCUUUGCCUGCUGUGUUGCCAACCAGGGGACUUGCCAGCAGCAGACCUGUUGGAGUUAUUGGCGGUCCAGAAGGCUCUGCUCUCUUUCGAGCCCAACAUUCUAGAAUGGAUUCAAAUUGUAACCAACAACACGACCACAGUGCUCUAGGUGAACAAGCAGGGCAGCACUCAUUCCCGGUCUCUCCUUAUUGUCAAAUAACCAUCUGGGACUGGUCCAUUGCUAUGGGCAUUUACCUUGUGGCUACUCACGUACCAGGCACUGAGAAUUCCAGGGCUGAUCUGCUCAGUCAGAUCACUCGAUCUACCCACAAAUGGUCCCUCCACCCUCAGGUGACCAGUAUCCUGUUCCGCAGAUGGGGGUUCCCCAAACAGACCUAUUUCCAUUCCCACACAACACAAAGUGCCAGUGGUACGGGGCGCACCUUCCUCAACGACAUGUUGGUUGCCUCAGGGAUGCCUUUCUCCUAGAUUGGACGUCAAUAUUUUGUUACCUGUUCUGCCUCUACCAUUACUCACCAGGGUCAUAUCCAGGAUCAAUUUGUUUAACUGCCACUCAGACUGGAUCUCCUCUCUUGCCACAGCAGGCAGAUCUUCCAUGCUGAGAUCAACCAUCUUUGCCUGAUGGCAUGCAUAUAUCACCUCGCAGCCAUCGCAACCAGCAAGGCAUAUCCUGGACUUGGCCCACAGGCCUUCCACAAAGUUCUCUUAUCGUUAUAAAUGGCAACGCUUUUCCACGUUUUCUUGGCAGUUGGGUGAAGACCUCCUCGUAGCAUCUAUUGCUUCACUCUUGGAUUUUAUUGUCUACUUACUUGACUCAGGACUUUCUCAUCAUUGAAGUGCUACUUGACAUCCAUCUCAUCCUACAGAAGGGCGGCAGGCCUUCCAUCCAUUUUAUUAAUCCCUCUAGUUAAAACUUUUCUCUGGGGAUUUAAGAACUUCCUACCCUUGUAGGAAGGCUUGUAGUCAAUCAUGUUGGCUGGGUGCGCCAGCAAGAGCCCAUUCCACCAGAGCAGUGUCUACUUCCACGGCUUUCCUAAGGGGCAUUUCUUUAGAAGAUAUCUGUCAGGCAGUGAUUUGGACGUGUCACCCUUUGUCACCCAUUAUAAAUUGGAUAUCCAAGCCAAGAGAGACGCAGCCUUUGGCAGCUUGAUAGUCUGCAUCAGGUGCGUAUUUCACAGAGACCACAUAGAAGGAGGAUAGGUUGCUUACCUGUAACUGUGUUUCUUCAAGUGGUCGUCUGUGAAAUUCGCACAACCCCUCCCCCCAUCAUCCCUACAUUUGUCAUUCUUUGGUACUUGAUUGCUGCUUUUUCGGCACCUGAACUGAGGCUCAGACCGCCACAUAUCUUGAGAGGGUGGGCGGGGUUGGAGCCCCUUAAUUGCUUUUUACAAAAAUCCAAAACAGCUGCAACAGGUGCAGGAAACUACAUCAGGUGCGAAUUUCACAGAUGACCACUCAAGAAAACACGGUUACAGGUAAGCAACCUAUCCUUCAUUCUGUAUAUUUCCUUGUAGAUUACAGGCAGUCCCAGAGUUACAAACAUCUGACUUACAAACUAAUCAUAGUUAGGAACAGGAGUGAGACAACAGGAAGGGAGAAGAAUCUUCUCCUUGGAAGGAAGGGAAAUCCACUCCUGGAAUAAUUAUUAUCGGGGGGAGUUAUCUCCACUGAAGCUUUCCCAUCAAUCCUUGUUUCCACACCAAGCCAAAAUUUCCAAAAUCCCAUUUUCACAGGGACAGAAAGUGAGGUGAAAUCUAAUGAACAGAGACACAGAUAGCAAAACAAACUCCACAUGGGUGUUAACCCUUCCCUGUGCUAUCCAAAGCUUUUAGAACAAACCUACAGAAACUCUUGUUCGUAACUUUGGGGCUGCCUAUAAUAGCAUUAAUAUUUGCUGAGAAAUAUGUGGACUGUCAAGCUACGUUCAUUAGCAGAAGUCGGUUUCACACAUGAUGCGUCUUUCCUUUUCCUCAGAGAGUACUUAUUGUGAGCUGUGCCUUACAGGGAUGGAAUGAGAGGGUCAAACAGGAAACCUUACACAAAUGGCAUAAAUAGUUCUCCACAUUCAUAAAGCUGGCUAUACACAACUCUUCAGUCCAGGAUCUAUGGCCAGUCCUAUGAAUGAAAACAAGUGAAUUACUAUAUUUUUGCACUGUUUUUUUUUUUGGUCUGAUGUUAAGGACUUCACACAUUUCUGAUUUAUCUGAGGGCCUUCUUUUCUGAAGGAAAGUGUAGCCACUGCCAGCUCUCUAAUUAAAAGCUCCAUCUUGAAAGGUGGGGGGAAAUGAGUCAUGAAUAUUGGAUGCUUCUAGGUUUUAUGCUGCCGCACAAAAACCCCACUUUUGCAUAGCCAAGAAACGUGUUCAGUUCCACCCAGUUUAUAGCUUUUCAGCAAUUGGAAAAAAAUUAUGACUGCAGAUAUUCCACCUCAAAAUUUUUUAAAAAAAUAAGCGAGUCAAUAUUUUUCUGUUUAAGAAUCUGUUGCUAUGGAUUUGUCAGAUGUUCCUAAUAGUAUAAUGAGCAUUACAGGAAAUGUUAGAUGCAAAGGUAGUAUUUCCCUAUUGUUUUUUUCCCACCUGUUUUUAUGAGACACUUUAAAACCUGGAAGUAGCCUUUAGUGAAGAUCCAGUUAAUUUAAGAGGUUGUAGUUCGUAAUACUGUCUUAGAAAUUAUCUAAGUGUAUAUAGAGUUAAAUGAUAUACAGUAUAAAAUGUAUUUUCUUAGACUUUACAUUUUUCAUGUAAUAUUUUAAUAAAUGAUAUCUAUUUA